GUGGGGCCGGCUCGGAGGGGCGGGGCGACUCGCCUUCCCCUCGGGUCACGCGCGUCAGGAAGUCGCUCCCUCAGCGGAGUAAUCGAAAAUGGGGACCUCCCUGGACAUUAAGAUUAAGAGAGCGAACAAGGUUUAUCACGCCGGGGAAGUGCUCUCAGGCGUGGUGGUCAUAUCUGGGAAGGAUUCAAUCCAACACCAGGGAGUGUCCUUGACAGUGGAAGGGAGCGUGAACCUCCAGCUCAGUGCCAAGAGCGUGGGAGUGUUUGAGGCUUUCUAUAAUUCCGUUAAGCCUAUCCAGAUUAUCAACAGCACCAUCGAAAUGGUGAAGCCAGGGAAAUUUCCUAGCGGCAAAACAGAAAUUCCUUUUGAAUUCCCUCUGCACGUGAAGGGCAACAAAGUUCUGUACGAGACUUACCACGGCGUGUUUGUCAACAUUCAGUACACCCUACGCUGUGACAUGCGGCGGUCUCUGCUGGCCAAGGACUUGACCAAGACCUGCGAAUUCAUCGUUCACUCUGCUCCUCAGAAGGGGAAGUUGACCCCGAGUCCUGUGGACUUCACCAUUACACCUGAAACCCUGCAGAACGUCAAAGAGAGAGCCUUGCUCCCCAAAUUUGUCAUCAGAGGACACCUCAACUCCACCAACUGUGUCAUCACGCAGCCGCUGACCGGGGAGCUGGUGGUGGAGAGCUCGGAGGCCGCCAUCAAGAGCAUAGAGCUGCAGCUGGUCCGCGUGGAGACCUGCGGGUGUGCAGAAGGCUACGCCCGGGACGCCACGGAGAUCCAGAACAUCCAGAUCGCCGACGGGGAUGUGUGUCGGAGCCUCUCCGUGCCCAUCCACAUGGUGUUCCCCCGGCUCUUCACCUGCCCCACGCUGGAGACCACCAACUUCAAAGUGGAAUUUGAGGUCAACAUCGUCGUGCUGCUUCACGCGGAUCACCUCAUCACGGAGAACUUUCCGCUGAAGCUCUGCAGGGUGUAGCCCGGGAGCAGGCGGUGUGGACAGCCAGUGAGGCCGAGCAGACAUGCCGUGGGCGGCGGUGCUCACGGGAGCCGAAGCCAGCAGCAUAGGCUUAUUUUCGAGGUGAUUCUGUAUCAGAAAUGAAUCCGACCCCUCAGUACAA